AUGUCGGCCGCCUCAUCGUGGCACCAAGGCCCAGCACCCCGCAUUGCCGGGAGAAACCAAGCGCCAGCAACGUUCGCCACCUGGAAAACUUUGCGGCGCCCGGCUUACGGCAUCACACAGUACCAGGGCCCGCCGCGCCUCGCUUGGACACAGUGUUAUCCUUGUCGAUCUUGGGGCGCGUGUUACCGCGCCAUCGGCAGUAUCAUCCGCACCAGGGUACUGCUUAGUGGAAAUGUGGAAGGGAACGGUCCAGAAGUAGCCCUUUCUCCCCCUCUCAGCUUCAUCUCCCCUUUAUAUUUUUGUUGA